CAGCUGCUCCGGGCCGCCGGCUCUGCUCGCCCCUCCCGCUCUCCUUUCCUCCGCUCCUGCCUGCCAGCUCCCCUCCACUCGGCCCCCACCAUGACGGGCGUCGCGGCGGCCUCCUUCUUCUCCAACGCGUGUCGCUUCGGCGGCUGCGGGCUGCACUUCGAGUCCCUGGCCGAGCUCAUCGUGCACAUCGAGGACAACCACAUCGACACAGACCCGAGGGUGCUGGAGAAACAGGAGCUGCAGCAGCCCACAUAUGUUGCCCUGAGCUACAUUAACAGAUUCAUGACUGAAGCAGCUCGCAGGGAGCAGGAGAAUCAGAAGAAGAAAGUCCAGCCUAAACUUGCACUGUCAGUCACUGGAGGCGUCUCCCGAAACAACACCUCGACUCCUCCUCGUCAUAGCAAUGGCAGUCUUACUCCACCUGUGACCCCACCCAUCACCCCAUCAUCCUCAUUCCGCAGCAGCACACCCACAGGCAGUGAGUGCGAUGAAGAGGAGGUGGAGUAUGAAGACUCAGACAGUGAUGAGUCGUGGACUACAGAGAGUGCCAUCAGCUCAGAGUCUAUCCUCAGCUCCAUGUGCAUGAAUGGAGGAGAUGAGAAGCCCUUCGCUUGUCCAGUGCCAGGGUGCAAGAAGAGAUACAAGAAUGUGAAUGGGAUAAAGUAUCACGCCAAGAACGGACACAGGACGCAGAUUCGCGUGAGAAAGCCCUUCAAGUGCCGUUGUGGGAAAAGCUACAAAACCUCUCAAGGCCUUAGACACCAUACCAUCAACUUCCAUCCCCCACUGUGAUAACCACACUCACACACCCCAGACUUUACACCUACCAUUUUGAAACACAUCUUAAAACAUUCACCCACGAGCUGUGGGAUAAAAGUCUUGCUUUUUCUGUAUUUUUUAAUUGUUAUUUUUGUCUGCGUUUAUAUGUUUGUACAUUUUUGUUUGCACAAUCCAUUUCUAUCAUUCCUCUCUAUUACACAAGUCAGUAAAAACAGAAGAAUCACUCAUAGGAUUGGGACAUGACACUGAAUUGCUUUUAGGGACUUUUUUUUUUUUUUAUCCUCGUUCAGUUUAAAAGUAUAAAUGCAGUAGUUCCGCUCAGAAAAAAAAAAAAAAAAA